CCGACCUCGUUGAAGGUCUCGCGUAUGUACAGAGGCGGUGGGUGUAUUACCUGUAACAGCGAGCAUGGCGUGUACGGCUGUGGCAGCGACGCGACUCGGGCUCGGCCUGUGGGGCGCGAGAACCAUGCAGGCCCGAGGCUACAACUUGGAGUACUCCCGCCAGUUCAGCAACAAACCUGGUGACGAUGUAGGCCGAAGUGCCGGUGCCAUCCGGGAGGCUGGCGGGGCAUUCGGCCAGAGGGAGAAGGCCGAGGAGGACCGGUACUUCCGAGAGAAGAGCAAAGAACAACUGGCUUCCCUGAGGAAACAUCAUCAGGAGGAAAUUAUGCACCACGAGAAGGAGAUACAACGCCUGCAGAAAGAAAUUGAGCGUCAUAAGAACCAGAUGAAAAAGCUGAAAGAUGAUUAAGCUGAUUUUCUUCUUGUUCAGUGGUCAGCCUUGGUCUAUAUAUGGAAUCAUUGUCCACUACUUGUGUGCCCGAUGUGACACUCCCUAGCUUGAUAUACUUUUGCUGUGUACUGCAAUUAAAUGGUAAUAAACUAUGAUUACUGA